GGUGGACCUCUGUGAUCACUUAGUACACUCUGGUCUAGUGUAUUCUCUCGCUCGCCACUCACACCAUCCAUACGGACGGGUGUAGCUCGGUGGACAGCCACGCGCAAGUGGCCAGUUAGUGGUAGUUACGGUGAAGUGUUCAGUUGGUGGUAGUUACGGUGAAGUGUUCAAUUGAUGGAACUUACAAAUGCUUAGUUGAUACUAGUUACUGUGAAGCAGUGCUCUACAAUUCGAGGAGUUCUGCCUCUGGCAACUGAUAACAAAAUACUAGUUACAUGAUCUGUGAGUGAGUGAGGCCUUCCCGUAGAGCAGUACAACCGCCCCACGCCUGACGGGAUGUAAACAUUGCCUACCUCAGGUGGUUGUUGUUGUUAUAGAUUCAGCUACUCGGAACACAAGUUCCAAGUAGCACGGGCUAUGGUGAGCCCGUCUGACAGGCUCACACCCUCCAGCCCAAGUAGAGCACUGACAAAACAGCCAGAUGGUGAUAUAAGGUCAUUAGAAUAGAUUAAUAUUAAUGGUGAAAGUGCAAGUUUUGGAAUAACUCUACAUCACUCUAGCUUGUAAGAACAAACAUUGGAGAAGAUAAAGCUCUUCUUGAAUCUCACCCAGUCAUCCACUGGAAGAUCCAAACAAGCAGAGUGGCGUGUGUGAGGACUAGUUCCGGGAGCGGCACGCACGCACGCACGCACUCGCACGCAGGCAUACUCUUGCACGCGCUCACGCACUCGCAAACACACAUACACACACCGAAAAAAGGUACACUCGCGGCACCAAAGAAGCUCCACCACAGAGUAAAGAGUGACGCAGAUAUUGACGGCAGCUACAGGUGUCUGGGCGCCGGUGUGACGCACUGAGGGCAGCUACAGGUGUCUGGGUGCCGGUGUGACGCACCGAGGGCAGCUACAGGUGUCUGGGUGCCGGUGUGACGCACUGAGGGCAGCUACAGGUGUCUGGGUGCCGGUGUGACGCACUGAGGGCAGCUACAGGUGUCUGGGUGCCGGUGUGACGCACUGAGGGCAGCUACAGGUGUCUGGGUGCCGGUGUGACGCACUGAGGGCAGCUACAGGUGUCUGGGUGCCGGUGUGACGCACUGAGGGCAGCUACAGGUGUCUGGGUGCCGGUGUGACCCAUUGAGGGCAGCUACAGGUGUCUGGGUGCCGGUGUGACGCACUGAGGGCAGCUACAGGUAUCCGUGGACGCGGGUGUUGGAUGGUACAGCACAAUGGCUACAUAACUACGAGGACUUAACGAGGCAAGCUACAGUGACAGAAGAGACCCGGGAGAGAUGAGAGGGUGAAGAGGGUGACAGAAGCUGUGGGUUCUCCCCAGUGAGAGUCCUGAGAGAGGCAGAGGAGGCGUGGGUUCCUCCCAGUGCGGGGCCGGAGGGCAGAAGGUGCCGUGGACGCGCUGGGGAAAGUGGAUCUGGCUCGUUCUUUUCACCAUGACGCUGCUCCUGCCGUUCAUGCCAGACACGAUGGUGACUACGACGAUAGUGUUGGCUGCCCUCAUCGUACAGCUGGCGGAAUGUGGCGGCGGGUCGGUGGAGCACCUGCUGAGGUCGCUGCAGGAGACCAUGCAGGGCGGACACAGGUCCUCUCAGUUCUCAGCGGCACUCAAGAACUUCAAGAGUUUCUCCUGUACGACACGACAAGAAGGAGUUUAUCCCGACCUGGCAUCAGGCUGUUCCCUUUAUUACAGGUGCCUGGACGGGGCAGUGUACUCGUACUCCUGUCCUGCCGGAGAGGCCCUUGACUACGGGAGUGAGGAGUGUCGGCCGGCCGGGGAGGUCACCUGUCCACCGCUGCCGCCCACCUCCCCGCCCUGCCACAACCAGUCCAGUGGCUACUACCCCGACUACACCCACGGCUGCAGGGCUUACUACAGGUGCAACAACGGAAGCUUGUCAGGGACCUGGUGGUGUGAGGACGGGGCUGUGUGGGACUCUGCCACGGGGUCCUGUGGUAAAGGUCCCAGCUUAGUGUGCUCGCCGCCCUCCUGCUGGGGUCUCCCCGAUGGGCCUCAUCCAGCACCUGCUUCCUCCUGCACCUCUUACUUCACCUGCAGCGACGGCAUAAGAACCGAUCAUGUCUGCCCUUACAAUACUAUAUUUGAUUACUCUCUCAAGCGUUGUGUGGCCAGCACGUCGUCCGUGUGCUAUGAGCAAGCCUGUGAAGGACGUGUCAACGGUCUCCAUGCUUCCCCACACGCUCCGUGCCACUCCUUCUUCCGAUGUUUCAAUGGUGCCCUUGUCAAGCUGGAGGAAUGCCCGCGACUCCAAGUCUUCGACGGCCGUCGAUGCGUCUCAGCAAGUAACUUUUCCUGCUGGGGCGAGGGUCGCGGGACCUGCGAUGGGCGUGAUGACGGCUUUCAUGUGGCGUCCGACUCGGACUGUCGUGGGUUCUUCUUAUGUCGCCACCAGCAGUUUAUUCGUGCCUUCAUAUGCUCGCCUGGGCUAGUUUUUAAUGGGCGGGAGUGUGUUGACGACCAAAAUAUCAUCUGUACCUCACGGCCGCGACUCCCAGACUGUUCUACAAAGAUCGACGGGUAUUAUACUGUUGAGAAAACCGGCUGCAAGACAUUUUUCUAUUGUCGAGGAGGUAGCAAGCUGAGCGAGCACACGUGUCCUGGAAGUCAUGUGUUCAACGGAGAACAGUGUGUAGAUCCCAUACUGUAUCUGUGCCCUGGCCGAGCUAGUCCCCAGGAGCCUAGGAACUUUACAAACAGGGUUGCUCGACACACCCGCGAUGUCCACUGUGGUCCCGGUCACAGCGGCUUUUACCUGGACAAAAGUUCCCCCUGUACUCGCUUCUUUUACUGCCACGAGGGAAAGGUGUUUACACAGUAUUGUCCCCCUCAUCAGAAGUUUAAUGGCAUUCGCUGUGUGCCAGAAGACGAAUACAAAUGUCCAGUGGUUCAAAAUGCAACAGAUUGCCUACUGCGAGGCGAUGGAGUCUAUCAGGACUUGCAAGAUUCCUGUAACUCGUACUAUGAAUGCAUUUCUGGUAUAAAGCUACGAUACACAUGCCCGAAGGGUCAACUUCAUGACGGAAAGAUGUGUCGGACAGAUUCAGAAGUGUUCUGUCCUUCCUCAACAAUCUGCUAUCACCGUAAAGAUGGAAAUGUCGUGGACACCGACCGAGGGUGUCUGGGCCACUUCCUGUGCCGGAAUAAGACACUAAUGUGGUACCGUACUUGCGGUCAGAGUGAGCUGCACAACGGCGCCAAAUGUGUUCCAAACCAUAGCUUCACGUGUCCCUCCGGUGCCAGCACAGCUUGUGUUGCAAAGGCUGAUGGGUUGUAUCAAGACCUGUCAACAGGGUGUCGACAGUACCACAUGUGCAGCGGCGGGGCGCACGUGGGCAGGCUUGAGUGUCCUCCAGAGAUGGUCUUCAACGGGACGGCCUGCGUAAGGGCCUCAGCCUACGUCUGCCCACCCGCUGGUACAAGGGCCUGCUCCUCCGGCCAGAGAGGCGGCGUCUACCAGGACGUCCAGUCAGGCUGCACCAGGUACUACUACUACUGCGACGGCAGCCGGAAGGUUUUCCAGCAGUGCCCGCCAGACGAAGUUUUCAACGGUCAGAGCUGCGUCUCCAGCGCCCAGUACAGGUGCCCGACGACACUAACGGCCUCCCUAGAUGAGUGUAGUGGCUUCGACGGCUACUAUCCCGAUCUCACAUCUGGCUGUCGGAGCUUCUUCCACUGCCAUUCAGGUCGUCGUAUUAACUACACGUGUCCUAGUGAGCAGCUCUUUAACGGAGCAAAUUGUGUGCCGAAAGAUCAGUUCGCCUGUGUAGGGAGUCCCUCGUGCAGGAACAAAAGCAAUGGCUUCUACCAGGAUGUAUUAUCCAACUGCCGAAAAUACUUUUAUUGCUACAGUGGUUUCAGGUAUGAGUACGAGUGUGGGAGAGGUCAGGUUUACGACGGCAGCAGGUGUGUGCCGGCCUCCACCCACACCUGCACCAAACCUACUGACCACUACGGGUGUGUGGGGAGACCCACGGGCUACUAUGCCGACCCAGCGUCUCUGUGUCGGAAAUAUUUUGCUUGCAAAGAUGGUGUAAAAUUGGUGACACUCGCUUGUCCCAAGACUCGGGUCUUCAACGGUCGUCGCUGCGUCCCUUCCUACAGUUACUGGUGCUCGUAUCCUCGGCCAGCACCCGACGCUCACCGUAACAUGAUAGAUAUGGAGCCUCUUGACUUACUAUCACCAACAACAUAUUAAUUUCGACUUUGGAUGUUUCGGUGAUAUUUACUAAAAAUCUCAGAAUUGAUGGAGCCAAAAGAGAUUUUAAUUCAUAUUUUUAUCAUAAAAGACGUCAUUAUUUUACAGAUGAGGCUCAUUAUGACUUUAAUUCGGAAAUACGAAGGAAUGUUCAAGAGCAACGUAUAUACACCCUGAAACCUUUCCCCAGGAGCUUACAACAUCUUAGAUUUACAGUAUCAACGAUGUCUUCAGAAGAGAAAAUCGCCACAGUGGUUUGUGAAGCAUCGCCCUUGCUCUUCACCCGUCUUAGUAAGGCGUAUGAGCGGCUGUGUUGUCUCAUAACCUGCGUGAUGGCAGUCAUGGCCGUCACGUUAAUAUUGCCUUCUCUUCACUUAUACAAAUUACAGUAUGAACUUGGCAUCUUCGUGCCCUGAGGAUCUCGAGCCUUCAACUAAGUUGAGGGGGAAAGUGUCAGAGAGCAGGUCAAGUGGUUUGUGUCGGGGGUGUCUCGCAGUCCUCACCCGUCUUCUUAAGACUGCCUCACAGUCCUCACCUGUCUCCUUAAGGCUGCCUCGCAGUCCUCACCCGUCUCCUUAAGGCUGCCUCGCAGUCCUCACCCGUCUCCUUAAGGCUGCCAGGCAGUCCUCACCCGUCUCCUUAAGGCUGCCAGGCAGUCCUCACCCGUCUCCUUAAGGCUGCCAGGCAGUCCUCACCCGUCUCCUUAAGGCUGCCAGGCAGUCCUCACCCGUCUCCUUAAGGCUGCCAGGCAGUCCUCACCCGUCUCCUUAAGGCUGCCAGGCAGUCCUCACCCGUCUCCUUAAGGCUGCCAGGCAGUCCUCACCCGUCUCCUUAAGGCUGCCAGGCAGUCCUCACCUGUCUCCUUAAGGCUGCCAGGCAGUCCUCACCCGUCUCCUUAAGGCUGCCAGGCAGUCCUCACCCGUCUCCUUAAGGCUGCCAGGCAAUCCUCACCCGUCUACUCUCACCACCCAACACAUUCCCUCACCGCCAGUGAUGGUCCAGCACAGCCUCAGGAGCUCCUCUUCUUGCCAGAUCAAUACAUCAUCUCUGUGUCAUUGUGUCGAAGAGUUUGCUUUUUAAUGUUUAUUAUUUAGGAAUGUAGCGUGUGUUCUGGUGAAGGUAUGACUCCGCGGCCUACCGGACCUACCCAGGUGAGGGCGAGUGGCCUGCCGCAGGCCGUGUACGGACCUGUGGCGCCGCCUCAGCUGUCAUAAGCCAGCCCAAGCCUCCUAAAAUAAUAUUUCUUAUAACAACUAUUUGCUCGAAAGUACAAAACUGGACUAUUAUAGCCAACAGUGUUCACGGUUUUUUUUUAUAGAAAAUUUAAUUAAUCUUUAUGAGAGGUCAAGAAAAAAGCCAAAACUCAAACCUUAAGCAUUCCUAGGUCUAGUAUAGCACAUAUAUGUACUAUAUUAGGUCUAAGAUAGCGUAUAUUAGGUCUAGGAUUGCUGUAAGGUUAGGUUCUUUUGUUUUCCAUUGUUUUACUAUGUUAUUUGGCACAAUUCACUAAUACAUAACGUGAACUUUUUUUUUGGGUGGGGGGGUGCAACAAUCGAGCUUCAUUGGUGUGAACAAGCUGCUCAAAGUACUGUCAUUACUGGAGGUUGGGCUGGCUACCUGGUAGGCCGUAAUAGGCAGGCGUGUCAUACCCAUGGCAGUAGCCAGCAUGUCAGAAACGUUUGUAUAGUACAAGCUAAACUUGUAGGCAGUUUUCUGCCCAGCUCCAGUCUAUAUAACUAUAUUGUAAUGGUAAUUACUAUUUGUACUUUCUAUGAAAGAUAGUUAUAGAUAUUUCAUGUUUACUAAUAGUAUAAAAUGGUCAAAUAUAUAUAUUUUUCCAUUUCAUGUAUGACCAUGAACAAAAAUAUAUUGUGGUUCGUGUGUGUAUAUGUUAAGUAUAUUGAUGUCUGUAUAUGUUAAGUAUAUUAUCUGUGGUCAUCGUCUAAUAUUUAUUCCUUUUUGCCAAA